GAACAUGUUCACGCUGUCACUCGCCCAUCCUAUCUAAUGUUAUGGAAUUUCUUUAAUUAACUAAAAGUUUUGUGUCUUUUUGAGAACGAAAGGAAACAUUUCCAGGCCCAGUCGUAAUGGCAAUCAGUUAAAACGUAAUUGCUAAGACCGUGAUAAAAGACAGAAUGUUUCCAAUGCGAAAUUGGAUUAUCUGGUGCCUGAGAUUUCGCAUAAAGUAUGUGGCUGGCGUUUGCUUGGGAUUGUUUAUUUUGGAUUAUUUCGGUGCAUUUACUCAUUACUUUGAGGCUGACUUUUACACAGAAUUCAACUAUCCGUUCGAUGGCGAUGUGCUUAAGUAUGCCGGCCAAGUGCGACACGGGCAGAAGCCCGAUAUCGAUCCAAUUAACAUGUAUAAUUACACGUUCACAUAUGAUUGCAAGCACAAGUGUAAGAACGAUGAAGAUGAUAGAUACUCAGUGCCAAAAUUGGUUUUCAUCGUUAAAUCAGCGAUGGACCAUUUUAAUCGACGAAUCGCGAUCCGACAAAGCUGGGGCUUUGAACGCAGGUUCUCGGAUGUUUUAAUCAGAACAGUGUUUGUCUUGGGUCGAACGGCCGAGCCAAACGAAGAACUGCAGUUGCUGAUUGAUGAAGAGCAUGAACAUUUCAAAGACAUUGUGCAGGCAAACUUCGUUGACGCCUAUUUCAACAAUACCAUUAAGACCAUGAUGGGUAUGAAAUGGGCUGUGACACAUUGCCCUAAAAGUAAAUUCUAUAUGUUCGUCGACGAUGACUAUUACGUUUCGUCAAAGAAUAUUUUGCGAUUUGUACGCAAUCCACUCAACUAUCCGGAAUAUUUGGAAGAGGCAGAUGAAACGUUACGAAAAUUAGCUCGUCGUCUAAGUAAUUCUGACCUGACGAACAACUCGAUCGUCAAUGUAAACGAAAUGAAGAGCAUUGUGAACAACGUUAACUCAAUAAACAACAAAGAACUGGUGAAGACAAUCAAAAAAUUCAUAAAUUCAGAAGAACAACGACCGAAGAAUGCUCGACAACUGUUGGAUUUGGAACUGCCAGACGAUGUGAAAUUAUUCGCCGGUUUCGUGUUUAAUUCAGCACCGCAUCGACAUAAAAGUAGUAAAUGGCAUGUGUCAUUGGAGGAAUAUUCCUGGCAUAUGUGGCCACCGUACGUGACGGCUGGUGCAUUUAUUCUGUCCAGAGAGGCCCUACAUCAAAUGUACUUUGUCAGCAUGUACACAAAACACUUCAGAUUUGACGAUAUUUACAUGGGAAUUGUAGCUUUAAAAGCAGACAUCGAACCUCUUCACUCCGAGGAAUUUUACUUUUACAAGGCGCCAUUCCAAGGAGCCCACAAUUAUCGAUACGUCAUCGCCACGCACGGAUACGAUGAUCCAACGGAAGUUAUUAAAGUUUGGAAUGAGUGUCGAUCCGCAGGCCACGCUUAAAUCUUUCUGCCGACUUCUUAUGUGAUAAAUGAACACUUUCAUCGACUGAAAUUAAUGUAAUUUAAGACAAAAGUAAUUUGUUUAACAUAAUGAUCCCAAAUUGCAACAUACGGAGUACAUAAUAAAACUUCAAUGAGAAAAAUCAA